AUGGAGAAGAAGCGGGUGGUCAUCAUCGGAGCCGGGGUGAGCGGCCUGGCCGUGUGCAAGCACCUGCUCGAGCGGGGCUGCCAGCCCGUCGUCUUCGAGGCCGGCAGCGCCCUCGGCGGCGUGUGGGCGCGCGUCCCCGACUGCACCGAGCUGCAGACGCCGCGCCCCAUGUACCAGUACUCCGACUUCCCGUGGCCGGAGAGCGUGACCCAGGUGUUCCCGGACCACCGGCAGGUGGUGGCGUACCUCGAAGCGUACGCGCGCCACUUCGGCGUGCUCGGCUGCAUCCGGUUCGGUCACCGGGUGGUCGGGAUGGAGUACGACGGCGUCGCCGAGGAGGCCGUGGCGGCGUGGGGGGAGUGGGCUGGGAACGGCCAGGCGUUCGGCUCCGGCGACGGCGAGUGGCGACUGUCGGUGGCCGACGCCGAGGGCCACGUUGAGAUGCAUACUGCAGACUUCGUCGUGCUCUGCAUUGGGAGGUUCAGCGGUGUACCCAGCAUACCCACAUUCCCUGCAGGCAAAGGCCCGGAAGCAUUUGAUGGGCAAGUGAUCCACUCCAUGGAGUACGCAAAAAUGGGCACAACUAAAGCUAAGGAGAUGAUCAGGGGCAAGCGUGUAACAGUCGUUGGCUACCUGAAAUCAGCGCUUGACAUUGCUGCUGAAUGUGCCGAAGUAAAUGGCAUUGCUCAUCCUUGUACAAUGGUGGUCCGAACAAAGCACUGGAUAAUACCAGACUACUUCGCUUGGGGCGUCCACAUAUCAAAGCUAUAUCUAAAUCGUUUUUCUGAACUCCUUAUUCACAAGCCUGGUGAAGGCUUUCUCCUUUCACUCUUGGCCACCCUCUUGACUCCACUGAGGUGGGCAUUUUCCAAGUUUGCUGAGAGCUACUACUCCAUUCCAAUGAAGAAGUUCGACAUGGUUCCAGAUCAUAGCCUAUUUGAUGCAUUAGCUGCAUGCUUGAUUGCCAUUACACCCAAGGAUCACUACAAGAGGUUGGAAGAAGGCAGUAUAGUAUUGAAGAAAUCAAAGACAUUUAGUUUCUGCAAGGAGGGUGUGAUCGUACGUGAGGGUGAGUCUUCACUGAUAAAGAGCGAUAUAGUGAUUUUUGGAACUGGAUUCAAAGGAGAUGAGAAGAUCAAGGACAUAUUCACAUCAGAAUACUUUCGAAGUAUUGCAGUUGGAUCAACAUCCACGACUGUGCCUCUCUAUAGGGAGUGCAUACACCCUAAGAUCCCUCAGCUUGCAGUGAUAGGGUAUUCAGAGAGCAUUUCAAAUCUGUACACGUCAGAAAUCCGAGCCAAGUGGCUCGCGCAUUUCAUGGACGGUGGCUUCACAUUGCCAAAUAUUACGGCUAUGCAGAAGGAUGUCAUUGAAUGGGAAAAGUACAUGAAAAGAUAUUCUGGUCGAUACUUUCGCAGGUCUGGCAUUGCAAUCAUUCACACCUGGUACAAUGAUCAGCUAUGUCGUGACAUGGGAUGCAAUCCCAGAAGAAAGAAAGGUUUCUUUAAGGAGUUAUUCGAGGUUUAUGGUCCUGGUGAUUAUGUUGACCUUCGCCCCAAGAAAGAGUAGAUAUUGCCCCACACUUUUCCUGCUUGUUCAGAUUCUUGCAUGUUCGCUCUUGCCAGACUACAUAUAUUUGCAUACUACAAAUUCAGCAAAUUAUUGUGUAUGUUUGUAACAUGUGUCGCUACUAAAAACCGAUUUGUAGGAGCGUCCCGUAUUUUUAUAAGUGUUGGAGGUAUGCCCUAGAGGCAAUCAUAGAGAUGAUGAUAUUCCAUUUGUAUCCAUGAUUUAUAUUGUGUUUCUUGAAUAUCCAUUAAA